AUGGUGGUGCUGUAUUUUGGGCGGCUAAUCCACUCCGAGAGGAGACGGAUGAGUGACCAUUGUACGGUCUACCAAGCUGAGCUGAUCGGUCUCAAGCUAGCCCUAGAGUUAUGCCUCACCCUGACCACUACCAGGGUGGUGAACAUCUAUUCAGACUCUAGAUCGUCCCUACAAUCGCUAGCAGACCCAUCUAACACCCACCCACUUGUAGUGGAAGUCAGAAAACUUUGCCGGAAAGCGAAAGCGGAGAGAAGAGUGCACUUGCACUGGGUGAAAGCACACGUCGGUUAUCUCGGAAAUGAGCUGGCCGACGCAGAGGCUAAAGCUGCUUCAGAGUUAGAGAAUGUGGACAUCGAAUAUCUAAUGUCCCACAAAAGCUUAAAAACAGAGCUCAAUGUGCUGAGGGUUCAGGCGUGGCAGGACAGGUGGGAUCUGUCAGAGAAAGGCAGAACGACUUCCCUACUCUUACCCCUGGUGAACACGAGACGCCACUUAUUGGGGGACGUAGUGGAACUGCUAAGUGGGCAUGGCAGAUUUCCGGCUUAUCUUUAUAGGUUCGGAAUUGUAGAUGAUGAUCUCUGCUCGUGCGGAGAGGUCGGGGAUGGCGACCACUACUUGCUGAGAUGUCAGCUCAAAAGAAGUGUUAGGGCACGGCUCCGAUUUGACCCCAAUAAUCGCUCCACAAUUGUAAGCAAAUAUAACUUGUCGAUUCUCUGUCAAAUGGCCCGGCAAGUUAGGACCUUCCUGCCAAGCAUUUCUAGGUAA